AUGAAGACCAAGAACGUGUCGCUCUUCAGCAAAUUCUGCAAGUGCUACAGCAGGAAGUCGAUGGCUGAGACGGGAGUGUGUCCGGUUGACGAGGACCCACCGAUGUUGACGGCGUCUGACGAGAUAAAGGACAUCUGCAAGGAUCUAGUCCUAUCCGAUGAUCAGCUGCACAUGCUCAUGGAUAGGCUAGACGAGGAGAUACAAAAAGGCCUCACCAAGGAAACGCACAAGGACGCCAUUGUGAAAUGCUUUACGACUUAUGUGCAGGACCUUCCCAAUGGCACCGAGAAGGGUAACUUCCUGGCGUUGGAUUUAGGCGGCACAAACUUCAGGGUACUUCUAAUCACCCUGGAAGGCAUGAACUUCGACAUGAAGAGCAAAAUUUAUGCGAUACCGCAGAGUUUGAUGUUGGGCACCGGCAAACAACUCUUCGAUCACAUAGCCCAAUGUUUAGCUCUGUUCGUGAAAGACCUGAACCUGCAGGAUCAGAUUCUGCCUCUGGGAUUUACAUUCAGCUUUCCGUUGACGCAGGAGGGAUUGACGAAGGGAUACCUCGUUAGAUGGACGAAGGGCUUUAAUUGCAGCGAUGUGGUGGGCCAGGAUGUCGUUGCGCUUCUUGAGGAGGCGAUAGCGAGAAGAAACGAUGUCAAAAUCGAUGUGUGCGCUAUUUUGAAUGACACCACCGGCACAUUAAUGUCAUGCGCUUGGAAAAACAGGAAUUGCCGUAUCGGAUUGAUUGUUGGCACGGGCACUAACGCUUGUUACGUGGAAAGAACGAAGAACGCGCAGUGCGCGGUGACCGGAAACUACGCGGCCGAGAAACCGUACAUGCUGAUCAACACGGAGUGGGGUGCUUUCGGCGAAAGGGGCACCCUCGAUUACAUUUUAACGGAGUUCGAUCACUCGAUCGACAGAAACUCGAUCAACCCGGGCAAACAGCUGUUCGAGAAAACGAUCUCCGGAAUGUACAUGGGUGAACUGACGAGGUUGGUCCUCGAAAAAGUCGUCGACUCUGGCUUGUUGUUCGGCGGCAAGUGUCCCACCGAUCUUAAGAAACGCGGCAAGUUCUUCACGAAAUACGUUUCCGAAAUUGAAAACGAUCCCAAAGGUAAAUACUCGAACUGCCGUGAAAUUUUAGCGGAAUUAGGUAUACGAAAUGUGAGCGACCAAGAUUGCGAGAACGUUAGGUACGUUUGCUCUGUGGUAUCGAGGAGGGCGGCUCAUCUUGCCAGCGCUGGCAUUGCCACGCUCCUCAACAGGAUGGGGGAGAACAAUGUCACGGUCGGCAUUGACGGCUCGGUCUACAGAUUUCAUCCACACUUUCACGAUCUGAUGACCGAAAAAAUCAGCCAAUUACAGAGUCACACGUUUGGCUUGAUGCUGUCAGAAGACGGUAGUGGUCGCGGCGCGGCGCUGGUCGCCGCGGUAGCUGCGAGUAAACGGUGAAGAUAACGGCUGUCCCGAGUCUACUCAAACCUCUAACUUAAUUAAGUUACACACAGUGACGACACACCCACAUACAUAUAUACAUACAUACACAAACAUGCAUACACGCCCGCUCAAACAUACACAUGCAUACAUACCCGCACAAACACAUAAACAAACAUACUAUCAACACACACACACUCCGACACACGUAAACAUACACGUACAAAAAACCGUAAGAGAAAAAAGUCACGCGUACGUGCCGAGGAUGAAAAAUCGCGGUAAAGCGAGCUAGCGAGGAAAUUUGUUAAUAAUAUAUGUGA